AUGGGUAUCAAAUGUCAUUGUGAUACGGAUUUUCGAAAUGGAACAGUGUUUCUGCCGUGUGUCAACGAUGAAUGUCAUACGGAUGGAUGUAAGUGUUAUUAGGUUGUUCAAAUAAAUCUGUGCCCCUUAACCCCGAAAAUUUGCUUUGAGACAUGGAAAACAUACUGUGCCUAAAACUCUGGUCCGGCCCGAUGCCCAUGUCUAGCUUGAGAAGGGCACAGAAAUUGCUUUUCGAAUUUCCCACCAAAUUGGCAUUGUGUUUUAAGGUAAUAAUAUCGUCCUUUUUUGAUUUUUUGUCAUUUCUCAUCAAUAUACUACAGUGGAACUCCUCUAUAACGAAUCGCUCGGGGACUUGAAAUUUGUUCGUUAUAACAGUUUAGGAGUUUUAAAUGCACUGUGUAGUGGUAGACGGGGAUUUAAAAGUUGUUCGUUAUACAGGAGUUCCACUGUAGUAAAAAACCUUUAAAUUCACUUACAUUUUUUCAAUUGUAGGUGUAGAUUUUGCGGAAAGUGUAGAAAAUUACUUGAAACACAAGGCAAAAUUAGCGAGUAACCAAAUAUUUGAAAUUUGAAACUCAAAAUCGCGAGCUAAAAGUUUUUAUCGGUACUAUUACUAAUAAAAAAAGUUCAUAUACAAAUUUUAUGCUAUUCCUGAGCUGCGCAGGUCGGGUAACUUCCUUGUAACUCAAUAUUUUUAUACGCAUUAGGCUAAAACAUAUUAUAUUAUGAAUAUUUAAACAAAAUGCCAAAAGCACCCUCUUCAGCAUGUGCCACAGUAUUCCGCGACCACCAAUUCAAUGUUUGUUGGCCAGAGCUUGUGAACAAAGACCACUGCAUCAUUGUUGGCCAAACCCACAACAUCUCUUCGUCCGUCUGCUACUGCAACGACAAGGACUACUGUAACGACGAGGUAGACCUUGAAUGGGACAUAACAUCACCAGAAAAUGCCACUUUCUUCGAUGACGAGUACGACAUCUUCGAGUACAAAGGUCGCAAAGGUAUCCCAAAGACCAGCCGAUACGGUAGGCCAAAGUACCCAUUUUACCGUAACCCAGUCGAAACCAUUGCUAAUCCACAAGCUGUAAACAGGAAUUCUGUACCUCAAUUGGCCACAACUGCCGAGAAUCUAGAGAUUUUGACCAAUGAUCUCGAUUUCUUUGACAAAAUUGCAAAGUUUUACCACAAAUAUAUUAUCGGUCUGCCAUAUUAUGUGUAUGGUGCUUUGGUCUUGUUCGGUUUUGUUUUGUGGGUUUCAGGCGGUUACUGUGUUGAAACUUUUUGUAGUUUUGGAAGAAAAAAGGAAACUGCUUCAACUCAAGAGUUUUCAGUUUGA